GGCUCCGCUGCUGGGUCCGUGUUUCGAAGCUCCCUCCUCGGCGACGGAGGCCGAGCCUGACCUGCUUCCCGGCGAUGACAGCUUCCUGCGGGGCUGGUUGAGACAGACUGGCCGGGGAAAGAGAGAGAGAGGAGAGGAGACGGGGUUAUCAUAGUUUAGCUGGUCGCCAUGCAGUGGACCGGGCAGUGAAUUUUUUACGGUGAAGAGGCGAAUGUCGCAGGCGGAUACCGCAGGGAAAUGAGUAACAGGAUGGAGGGUUCUGCAGGACCCGGCGUCAGGACGAACGGGCCCAUCGCAGCGCCCAGCACCCCGGUGAGCCCCAUCGGCCCACCUCUGUCCCCGGAAGAGCUGGACGAAGAGCCGCAGUCUGCUCUCACGGACGUCACCCAAAUGUGGAUUAAAUUCGGCAAGACCUUCGCCAUCAUCUUCCCGAUCUACAUCUUGGGAUACUUCGAGUUCAGCUUCAGCUGGGUUCUGAUCGGACUCGCCAUGCUGUUCUACUGGAGGAAAAACCAUGGCGGCAAGGACUACAGGAUAAACCGUGCCUUAGCGUUCCUGGAGCACGAGGAGAAAGUAGUGAAGCAAAGUGUUCCCACCGCUGAGCUGCCACCAUGGGUCCAUUAUCCAGAUGUGGAGAGAGUGGAGUGGCUGAAUAAGACGGUGAAGCAGAUGUGGCCGUUCAUCUGCCAGUUCGUGGACAAGCUGUUCCGAGAGACCAUCGAGCCGGCGGUGAAGGGCGCCAACCCUCAUCUCGGCUCCUUCUGUUUCACCAAGAUCGACAUGGGCGACAAGCCGCUGAGAGUGAACGGGGUGAAGGUUUACACGGAGAAUGUGGAUAAGAGGCAGGUCAUCAUGGACCUGCAGAUCAGCUUCGUCGGGAACACGUCGAUCGACGUGGACAUCAAGAAAUACUACUGCAGAGCUGGAAUCAAAAGUAUACAGCUUCAUGGAACGAUGAGAGUCGUGAUGGAGCCUCUGCUGGGUGACAUGCCUCUGAUCGGAGCCCUGUCCGUCUUUUUCCUCAAGAAACCAUUGCUGGACAUCAAUUGGACAGGACUCACAAACAUGUUGGACAUUCCCGGUGUCAACGGUUUGUGUGACAACAUCAUCCAGGAUAUCAUCUACAGCUUCCUCGUCCUGCCCAACCGCAUCACCAUCCCUCUGGUGGGAGAGGCCCAGCUGGCCCAGCUCCGCUUCCCCAUGCCCAAGGGCAUCCUGAGGAUCCACUUCAUUGAGGCCCAGGACCUGCUGGGUAAAGACAAGUUCCUAGGAGGGCUGAUCAAAGGCAAGUCGGACCCGUACGGGGUCAUCCAGAUCGGGAAUCAACUCUUCCAGAGCAAAGUCGUCCACGAGACCGUCCACCCGAAAUGGAACGAAGUGUACGAGGCGUUGAUAUACGAUCACUCGGGGCAGAAUCUGGAGAUCGAGCUGUUUGAUGAAGACACAGACAAAGACGACUUCCUGGGAAGUCUGAUGAUCGACCUGUCCGAGCUGCAGAAGGAACAGAAGGUGGACGAGUGGUUUGUGAUGGAGGACGUGAGCACGGGGAAGCUGCACCUCAAACUGGAGUGGUUAUCUCUGCUGCCCACGCCCGACAAGCUGGACCAGGCGCUGAUGAGCAUCAAAGCCGACCGCGGCCACGCCAACGACGGCCUGUCGUCUGCGCUGCUCGUGGUCUUCCUGGAUUCAGCCAGAAACUUACCUCGCAAUCCGUUAGAGUUCAACCAAGCGGGGCUGAAGAAGGCCUCGGUCAAUAAGGCCAUCAAGUCCGGUAAAAAAGUGACCAGCGAUCCCAGUCCGUUCGUCCAGUUCACGGUGGGACACAAGUCCUACGAGAGCAAGACCAAAUAUAAGACCAAUGAGCCGUUGUGGGAGGAAGCCUUCACCUUCCUCAUCCACAACCCCAAAUGCCAAGAGUUGGAGGUGGAGGUGAAGGAUGAGAAGCACGACUGUUCUCUGGGGACGUUAACGCUGCCUCUGACUCAGCUGCUGGAGGCCGAGGACAUGACGCUGAACCAGCGCUUCCCCUUGAAAAACUCCGGACCGAGCUGCACCCUCAAGAUGAAGAUGGCUCUGCGGGUGUUGUGUUUGGAUAAGGACGCGUCCAAGUCCUCAGACUCCACCCCGUCAUCCGUGCAGGUCCGCAAAUCCAGCUCUUCCAGCGUCACCCCACGUCCCUCCAUCUCCUCCGACUCCCCCAAGCCUCCCUCCUCCACCUCCGACAUCCCCAGGUCGGCCUCAGUGUCCGCCCAGGACCUGCUGAACCGGCACAAGGAGGCAGGUGACCCCUUUAGACCUCCGGGAAGCACAGACCUGGGGCAGGGAGGAGCAGGUGGAGGUGGAGGUGGAGGAGGUUACAGCUUGGCAGAGACCGGGAGGAGCACCUCCAACCUGGCCAUCUCUGGUUCCCAACAGUAUCUGGCUGGAGGGAAGGAACCGACGCCCAGCAUCGCAUCGGACAUCUCCAACCCCUACGCUGCUCAGGAGCUGCAGCUGAGACUCCAGCAGCUGCAAAAUGGUUCAGGCCCCAGUUACUUCCCGUUGGGCGAGGUCCAGCUGACGGUACGACACAGCUCGCAGAGGAACAAACUCAUCGUGGUCGUUCACGCCUGCAGAAACCUGAUCGCGUUCACCGACCACGGCUCGGAUCCUUACGUCCGCCUCUACCUGCUUCCCGACAAACGGAGGUCGGGCAGGAGGAAAACUCACACGUUCAAGAAAACCCUGAACCCGGUCUACGACCAGACGUUCGAGUUCACUGUUUCCCUCGUGGAGCUUCACAGGCGGACUCUGGAUGUGGCGGUGAAGAACGGCGGGGGUCUGCUCUCCAAACACAAAGGCCUUCUGGGAAAGGUCCUGGUGGAUUUGACCCACGACGACAUCAGCAAGGGUUGGACACAAUGGUUUGAGCUGAGUGAAGACGGCCAGAUGAAGCCUCACCAACUAUAGAUGGGAGCUAUCAUCAUCAUCAUCAUCAUCAUCAUCAUCAUCAUCAUCAUCAUCAUAUCACCACACUUCCACUUGUGGCUUUUUUAUUUGAUUUUCAUCCUGUGUAACAAACGGAAAAAAAAAACUUCAGCAGCUUCAUCUUUUCACAUCAGUCGCAAGGCAAACCUCCCCUUUAAGACGUGACAGGGCGACACACUAAAGGGAGUACACAACAUGUAGAGUACUAUAUAUGUAUUACACAACAUACUGCCGUGGAAGUCUGUAUUCCAUAUUUCUAGGAGAAACUAGAACAGCCGUAGAAGAAGACAAUCUAUUUUUUUUUCCCGCCUCGCGAUGUACAGGUUUGUAAAUAAAACACGGCGAUGCUAGAAAAGAGAGAGCGGCGUGGCCAAAUGAGUGUUUGUAAUUUUAUUUGAUUUGAUUUUUUUUUUAAAUGAUGAAAACAUUCUGGACAAAGUUGCUGAAGCCGAGCGGGCGGGCGGGCGCCAAAGACACGAAGAAGUAUUUGAUUUUGUUUCCGGUAACGCGGCUGAACUCUGGAUUUAUUCCACCGUGAUUAACUGCAGUUACACAGAUAUGAUUUAUUAUUUUCCAUCUGUGGAUUUACAGCUGCUGUCACGCUGGAAUGAGGCCAGUGUUCAGAGUUACCGGUUUGUUUUUUUUAACUGAAUAUUUGCACAUCUGUGUUUUUGUUCUUUUGUCUCUUAGUUUAAACAUAAAUUCAUCUAACAUAGAAUAAAAUGUCUGUUUUAGCGAGCAGAUUCAAAAAUAUUGAAAUAACAUAAAUAACUUUUAAAGGAAUAGUUUAACACAGAGUGUUAGAGAUCAUCUCGUCAAACUAUUUUCUAAAACGUUGAACUAUUCCUGCGUUGUUCAAAACAAACUCACACAUUUUCUUCAUUUAUCUGAAGCCACUAUGUGUAGAAGUUUCACAUUUCUCACUUUGGUGACGACAAAAACUGUAAAUAUCUCAAAUAAAUCCUCAAAUUUCCAUAAUUCAGGCUCAUAUUAGACACUUUAUUUCUACUUUACUUCCGCAGUUUUCACAAUAAAAGUCUUCCAGUUUUCGCUGUAUCUGUGAUGUUUUAAUGUGAAACAUCCGCAGCAGUGACGGAGGACUCGUUGAAAUAAAAAGCAGCAGAUCAGAAUCAGAUUUAUCGCCAAGUAGCUUUGCACUUACGAGGAAUUUGACUCGGUGGAGUUGGUGCAAAAUAAACAAGUAUUAAAACAUAUAAACAGUAUAAAUACGUCUACAAUAUCUUCUAAAACAAAAGAGCUGUUGUGCAGAAAUGUGCAUGUCUGUGAGUGCUCACAGUUGCGGAUCAAACUGUUCUUGUGUACGAGUACGAUCGAGUGUGAAAUAAGUUUUUGUGGAUUCCACGGGAACUUUUUGACACUAAAUUCACGAUAAGAGUUGUUUAAUAGUUUGUAAUUGUUUUUAUUUUAUUUAAACAACCUCCACGUGUCCGUGUGGCGGUUCUUUUAGACUCCUCCCAUCCCCGGCACAAACACUGGAGGUGAACGGCCUCAACAUUUCUACACACAGUGGCUUUAAAAUGGGAGAAAACUCUGAAUUCCCUGACUGAGAAAUUUGACCAUCGAUCUAAAAGUUUGUUUUUUUGUCGUGGCGCUCACAGCUCGCGGGUUUUGUCCACGUUUCAGCGAUAUCAUGAACUCCACUACAAUCAUUCACAUCGUUUAUGAGUCUUAAAGUGUCACGUCGGCGUCUUAUGUCGGAGUUUGUGAAUGACAUUUACCUUCUUCUUUUUUUGUACGUUCACUUGUUUUCACGCACAUCAUACUAAACACUGCUUCGACGCUCAGAAGGGAUUUAUAGUAACGAACACACGUAAUACUUUAAUCAUUAUUUUUUUGGUAUCGGACUCGUUAAAUGAAUUCAUAUGUUAAAGCCAAAGAGCAGACGCGGGAGGAGGAGGAGGAGGAGGCUCGCGUGACCUUUGACACUCUUUCAGAAGACUUUGUUGCCUUGUUGUGUUGAUGUCACACGUUUAGUAUUUUACAUGUAACCUGUGCCAUUCUGCAUUUUUAUGUCUUCACGUGUUUUUUUUUUUAAUGUUUCCCAGCCGUCAUUCUCUUUGUCUGCGUUUUAUUUUGUAAGAAUCCCCCCAGAAAAAGAAAAGAGAUUUUGAAGAGACUCUGUCCUCUGAAAGGCGGUUUGUCUUCUCCGUCUUCUUAAUUUAUCUUGUGCCUUAAAAAAUUCACACAACCCAGAGAUCCAGAGAUAUUUACAUGUGUAAAAAAAAUAAAUACAUAAUGCUUUCAACAGUUUCCCCGUGUCUCAGAAUGUCUCCGUUAAUGUCUUUUAAAAGAAAUAAAGAGCUUUAGCUGGCUAUGGCAGCAUGAAGCUGUGCGGCA